CGAAAAGUGCAGUGCUUUUCCUAUGAGGAGACUGCGCGUUGGUUAGCACAAUAAUGGCUGCUGCUUAUUUGGAAAAUGAAGAUAGUUUGCAAGCCAAUAAUGAAAGUUCGUCCUCUGAAAACGAGAAUGGUGCAGUUCAAGUGGUCAGCACUGAUCCAGUAAAUAACAUCUUUAAUGCCGACAUCUUUAACGCUAAUGGAGAAAUGGAGUUACGUCCUAGUGGCCCAGUACUGGAGAGAGAGGACCACGCCGAAGUUCUUGCAAGCAAUGCUGAUGUUCCACCAAUUAAGAUUAAAGUAGAAAACGCAGAGGAAGAUGAAUGUGUUGCUGUAUGUCUGCACGAGGACGAGGGAGAAGAUUUGGGUGACAGGACUAGUAAUGAAGAGUCUUCUGAGAGAGAUAAAAUUGACAAAGGGGAUGGGCCAUUUCGCUGCGAGGAGUGCAGUGUGGCCUUUUGGAACAAGGACGCUUACCUAGAGCAUCGUUGUGAGCACACCCACGAUGGUCCCAUAGUCUGCCUGGACACAGAUUCACAGUGGGAUGACCUGCUCGUCUCGACGGAUGGAGGCCAGAGGACUUUAUGCUGUGCUCUUUGCGGGCAAAAAUUUUCAAACUCAAAAGGGUUUUUCAACCAUCAGCUUAAGCACCAAAAUCAAGCGCUUAAACAAGAAAUGAAUGCUGGCUUUGGUGAGGGUGCGAUAAAACAAAAAGAAUACGAGUGCAAAGAUUGUGGCAGAACGUUUUACAAUAUGGGCCAAUGUCUCAAUCAUCAGCGUUCUCAUAAACAGGCCUCAAAGUCUGUGUUUCAUCAGAUCGAUCAUUUAAAGAAAAAAUCCUUCCAGUGUCCCACCUGUGGACGCUGUUACUCUCGGGCUUCAGCCCUCGAUGCACACCAGCGCUGUCAUGAGAUAAAGCUGGUAAAAUCCAAAAAAAUUGAAACUGCUCAAAAACCACCCCUACCCAAUGAGGCUCCAGGUCACGCUGAAGACCUAGACGCAAACCCUAAACAGACUGGGGAACAGCAAAAGGUUUUCAAGUGCAUCUGUGGCAAAACUUUUCGGGCUUUGUGUGGCCUUGGAACGCACCAGAGAUUCUCAAGAGGCUGUUCAGAAGGGAAGGUCAAGGUAAAGGUGAAGGAGCCAAAGAAAUGUAAAUUUGAAUGCUCUGAAUGUGAGAAGACUUUUGUUAGCUCUGUGGCUUUGACAACCCAUCAGCGCUGGCAUAAAAGACGAGCGCAAUCUGGACAGCCAUGUAAAUGUAAAGAGUGUGGCAGGAGCUUCACUUCGCUCGCAUUCCUCAACAGGCAUCAAAAAUUGGCUCACAGCAAAGAGCUGCCAGCAAAAUCAUUCCUUCAACAAGUUUGCCAGCUUAAGAAGAAGGCCUUUGAGUGUCAGGAAUGUGGCUGCCGGUUUUCACGGAUGUCAGCUCUGCAGUCACAUCAGCUCUGUCAUACCGAUGUCUUUCGUAAUGUCAUGAAAGGUUCAGAAACAAGCAUAUUAGAGAUAUACCAAAAUGAGGCACAUGGAAUUGAUGACUUCGCUUCUAGGACCACCAAAUAUUCACAUGACGACAUCUCUCACACUCAAUCCCCAGAGGAAAAUUGCAAUGUGAUCGAUGUUGAGAAUGAAGAUGUUGAUUAUGAAAUUGUCCACAUCACAGAACCAGAUAUUGUUGAGAGUAGUAGUGGUCAGGAUCAUAAUCCUGAUCUUGAGCUAGUGUGUGAAUCGGACCAAGAGGAAAUGAAUGACAUAAGCGUCAGCUUAAUUCAUAGAGCUGAACCUACGCCCUCCUCUGUGCAGCUGCCUCCAGAAAUCGAUGUGACCAUUGUUAAGAUUGAUUAUGAACUUUUAAAUAGUGAAGCAUUAAAAAAUGAUGUAGUUUUGAGCAAAAGCCCACUUGAAGAGUCUGGAAAUUAUAACUGUCCACAUUGUGAUAAAACGUUUGUCAAAGCCUCAGCUUUGCAUGGUCACAUGCAUUGCCACAGAAAAAGCACUGGGGUUCCUUACAAAUCUGUUACAUAUCAGCUUGAAAAUCUGCAGAAAACCAACUUUAAAUGUGAAGAGUGUGAUCUCAGUUUUUCUAGAUUGUCUGCAUUGCGUUCUCACCAACAGAUUCACAAGCUGUUUGUUUGCUUGCAGUGUAACAAGAGCUGUUCAAGUGCAGGUGGUCUAAGCAAUCAUCAAAAGUUUUGUUGUGGAAGCAAACCCGGCAUCAGUGAUGUUAAAGAUGACAAGAUUAAGAAUUUCAAUCCAUCCAAGUCGCUUUUGGGCCCAAAGGUUCAUCACUGUCAAAAAUGUGGUAAAGGUUUUUGGUCGUUGGGAGCUUUCUAUCAUCACAAGCAAAACCACAUGCAGUGUGCAGAUGUUGAGAAAACAAGACCAGCUCCUGAAAACAGUCACAUUCGACGCAAGAAAAAGGCCCGCGGCAAUCGGUUUGGACAGAAACAACCGAAUGUGAAUUCAAAUGAGAAAUAUGAAUGUGAGGUGUGUGGGAAAUCAUACCACAUGCUCGGUUGUUUUCUUAAACACAGGCUCGUUCAUGACCCCAGUCGCAAACCUGCUAUCAAAUCUUUUGACUAUCAACUUGAACAUUUACAGAAGAACUCCUACCCAUGUCCUGACUGUGGUAAAGUUUUCUCCCGUGCCAUGGCUCUUCAGUUUCACAUGAAAAGCCAUGGCUUUGACACUGGCAUUCCUGCAUCUGCUAGUUUGCCACCAAGUCCUGAGAAACUUCGAUGCCUGACAUGCCAAGCUGAUUUUACAUGCGAGUCACUGCUGCAGGAUCAUCAGAAGUGCUGUUUAAAACCGGGUUAUUCACAAGCAUGUGAAAAAAAUGAAAUAGAGGUGCAAAUUGAAUCCUCUCAAAAUGUUGAAGAUGCACUGGUAUGUGAGGCAGAUUCUGGAAAAGAACAGAAAACUCAUUUAGCCAAGUUGAAAUACAAAUGUCAGGACUGUACCAGAAGCUUUUCUGUAAUCGGUGCACUUAAUUUUCAUAAAAGGAUUCAUCUCAAAAGUUAUGCAUCUAAAAAGCUGAAUGCUAAAGCAGCAAAGCAACUGAAGAUUAACAAAAUGCAACUCCAGCCAAGUUUAGCAAAAACUCCUUUCGCUUGUGUGGAAUGUGGAAGAUACUUUAUCUCAAAUUCAGCUCUUGGCACACACAGGCGAUGGCACACAGACAAAAAGUUUGCCCGAUUUUUGUCAAAGAAAAAAAGUGUGGAUGGUGGUCCUUAUUUAUGCAAUUUAUGUGGGAAAGGAUUUUUCUAUCUUUGUGUUUUACGCAGACAUCAGCGAAAUCAUCCUCCUGUUGAGACUCAACACCAACAAAAGCAAAUUCAACCAAAAGAGCAUUUUACUUGCCCAGAUUGUCAGAUGUCUUUCUUAAGUGGGUCUUCUCUAAUGACUCAUUUUGCAGAAUGUCAUGGCAAGCUUGCUGAGAACAAUAAACUACAGUGUCAGAUUUCCUAUACUUUGGAAUCUGGUCCGUCCAUUGAGAAGACGUACACAUCCAAAAUGAAUAUCGCUAAGCAGGAGAAGCCGAAUGCACAGUAUCAUCGGUGCUCUCACUGUCCUAAACGCUUCUCAAAUGAACGUGGUCUUCGUGCGCACACAUGGCAGAAACAUUUUCAGGAUGCAUCUACUGAGGAGAAGCCAAAACCACCUUUUGCUUCUAAAGUGCCUCCUUAUAAUCAUAAAGAUCCGAAACCAUCUACAGAAGAGGAAACUGCUCAGCACAGUCAGAUUUUAGAAGUGACUAGGAAAUGUUUUUUCAAAUGUGACAAAUGUGCUAAAGAUUUUCCAAGUGAGGAGCAGUUAAAUGCACAUAAGGAGCUGGCAAAGAGUCGGCCACACUCGUGUGCUCUUUGCUGUCGUGGUUACUGGAGUGAAAGCCAGCUACAGCAGCAUCUUGCAUGGCACGAUGAAGAACGCCGGCGUCUCCCGACCGAACUGCGAUACAGACUCGGUGCUUCUAUGGCGCCGAACGGAUCAACAUCUAAAGUCAAGCAGCCCAUUCCACUUGCAAAUACACACCCCAACUAUAAAUGUCAGGAUUGUGGUAACAAUUUCUUGUCACUUCGUGCAUUGCAGGAGCACCAGGCUGUUCACGAAUCUGAGGAGCCGUAUCAUUGCUCUCUGUGUCCACAGACUUUUAGUGAUGUCAGAGAUCUUAUUGACCACCAUCAGGAUUGCUUGGGUGACAAGGAAAAACAAGCAAAGGCGUUUUUCCCAGAAAGUGUUGCCGGGAACCUGGUGUGCACUGAGUGUGGGAUUACCUUUAAACAGGAGACAGAUCUGCAUCAGCAUUAUAUUGAACAUGCACGUGGAGUGGUCUAAAACUUGUAUGUAUUAAGAUGAAUUACUUGUACUACUGGCUGAUCAUAGUUUACUAUAUCUACACUGAUUUAUUUUAACACUCCGUUAGCACUGUUUUGUUAAAUGGAAAUGAUGUAAAACUGUAUACAGUAGAGAAAGAAAAAUGCUUUCAGCUUUUGAAGUUUAGACUUUUGCUAAAAUUGUUGUAGGGAGAUGGAAACAUGGAUGCUGACAUGAAAGUAUUACUGAAAAAAAACUUAAAUUGUGUUGAUACUUUGCAUCUUAUUAUAAAACUGCAACGUAAAUGUGAUGCCCAUUAAAGUACAUUUUGUUCUUAACUUACUAUAUCAAAGAAAAAAAAUGAUGUACUUGGACUUAAUAAAAAGAAUGUUUUAAGGUUAAACAGCCAAGGUGUUUGUUAAAUAUUUGUUGUAAACAUUGGAGAUGUAGAAAUAGGUAUUCCAUUAAAAUUGUAUGUUUAAUCAAACUAGUUUUUGAUUGCACAGUUUGUGUUCUUUAAAGGGGCCAUGGCAUGAAAAUGAGACUUUUUCCAUGUUUAAGUGCUAUAAUUGGGUCCCCAGUGCUUCUAUCAACCUAGAAAAUGUGAAAAAGAUCAACCCAUUAACUUAGUUUUGGUCAACCAUUCUCUACAAGCACAUACAAAAAUAGGUCGUUGAAAUUUGGCCCUCUUUAUGAUGUCAUAAGGAGCUCUUAUUAGAAUAAUACUGCCCCCUUAAUCUGAAAAAGAGGGAGAAAAAAAUAAUUCACAGCACAAUUGAGUUUCAAUUGCAACAAGCCACCAUCAUUGUGAUCAGUGUUUGCACUUCAUCGGCUCAUUUGCAUUUUAAAGGACACACCCAAAACGGCACAUUUUUGCACACACCAACAAAGUGUCAAUUUUAACAUGUUAUAAUAAAUUAUCUACAUGGUAUUUUGAGCUAAAACUUCACACAUGUGCUCUGGGGACACCAAAGAUUUAUUUGACAUCUUAAAAAAGUCUUGUGCCAUGGCGCCUUUAAGUAUUGAUUUGACACAAUUAGACAUCGUUUCCUUAUUGUUAUUGACUUUGCAUUGUACUUAAACACAUUUACUUUAGAUUUUUGCAUUUUUAGAAAAUGGGAAAAUUUUCCAUCCCCCCACAUUUUCAAAGACAUGUUUAAUGUUUCUUUUGAAAAAAGAGUCACUGACUCUACAGACAUUUUUGGAUAAAGGUAGUUCCUAUAUGUAUAUACGUUCAAGUGAUUCAAUGACAUUAAGAAUGUGUAGACAAGCUGCAGCUUGAUGUAUUAAAACCUUUCUAUCGGCAUGAUAUAUUGAAACAUAAGGAAAUAUUGAUUGUUUAAAUAACUGAAUCAUUGUGUUAUAUUGAAUUGAAAAGAGAGCGAUAUCUUAACAUUCCUUUCUACUUACUAGGGUGGAUAAUGAGUUUAAGGUUUUUGGUUGGUUUUGUAAACUCGCAAGAAUCUUUUAGACAUUAAACAUUAUAUUGCUUGAAUUGAUUAUAUGUGCAUCCGGAGGGAGUGAUAGCUCUUUAAGUCACAAAAAUAUACUUGUUGCCAGAAAGUUACUUCGGACCUCAAGAUUGUUUCUUUUUUUAUGCGCUGUGACCUUUAUUGAACCUAAGAAUUAUUCACAAAAUACUUUAUACAAUACCCUGUUGGCUGAUAUAUACGUUGUAUACUGAAUGCCUUAAAGACUGCUACUGUUUUGUGACAAACAUGUCACAUGUUUUAUUUCGCUCUUGUGGUUGUGGUACUUUCUCAGACCUGCUUUUGUCUAAAAUUGUAAUAUUUACCAGUUACCAGUAAAUAUUUUAAAAGAAGUUAAUGUAAAUAUGAUUUGAACUUAAGAAGUUGCCUUCAAUUACACAGUCAUAAAUUCAGUGAAACUGUGUCUGAUCAUUAUGGGUAGGAACUGCAUGUUUCGUUUUUCAUGUUGACAUCUAUAGCCACUUCUCCCAAAUAUGUUGAUUAUAUCUGGGGUGAAAUUAAAUACAGUGGUGACCCAGAAAUCAUGAUCAUCUAAGUGCAUACAACUUUUCUGUGUAGCUAAGAUGACGACUAAUAAAAAUCUGUUUGCAUAUUUAUAUUGUCCUAGUAUUCUGUCUGUUUUAAAUUGUUAGGUUAUGGUUAAGUUUGUAAAUAGUGUACUCAUUUGAACUGUGUGGAUCUCUUUAUCUACAAUAUCAUACUAACUAACUUUAAAUUUGAACUGAGGUGUCGUUUAGCAUUUUGCAUCUGAGCUUCUCAUAAAUAUAUGAAGUAUCCAAGUAACAUUUACUUUAAAGUUUAUUGCUGUGUAUAUAAUUUAAAACAAAGAUUGGACUGUGUAUUGAGACAUGCUGGAAUUCCAUCCUCAAUAUAGUCAUAUUGAUGAAUGACAGCUAUGAAGGUAAAAUCAAAACGUAUAAGUCAAUAACAUGGCAAAUUUAGCUUAAAUUAAAUGUAAUGCGCUAUUGACAUGAAUUUUCUU